AUGUCCACUCAAAGGCCCAUCCUCCUCCACUGCGGCGCCGACAUCCGCUGGAACCAUGACCUCUACAAAACUCUUCAGUCGAAAUUCACAAUCGUCCGAAGCCACAGCAUGUCCCGGCAAGAUUUCAUUCAGGCUCUCAAGAACAAGACUUUCGGCGACUUUGUAGCAAUCUACCGUCCCUUCUGGGGCACCGGCGGCGAGAUGUCUCCGUGGAACAAAGAACUGAUCGACCUCUUACCUUCCUCGUGCAAGAUUGAUACCUCUGCUGGUGCCGGAUUCGACUGGGUUGACACGGAAGCACUUGCCAAGAGGGGUGUCAUUUACUGUAAUGCUGGCGCCGCAUGUACAGAAUCUGUGGCUGACACGGCGAUCUGGUUAAUUCUUUCGGGCAUGAGAGACUUCACAUAUAGUGCUAUCGCGGCGAGGACUUGUGAAGCUGAGAAGUUCAAGGAUGCACAGCGACGGGCUGCACUCACGAGGAACCCCAGAGGGCACAGUCUGGGCAUCAUUGGACUGGGUAAGAUCGGACAGAGUAUCGCGAAGAAGGCGUAUCAAAGUUUUGGGAUGAAUGUCAUCUACAAUGAUGUGAGGCGGCUGCCCGAGAGUGUUGAGGGGGAGUUCUGGGCGAAGUACUAUCCUGACUUGGAUAGCAUGUUGGCGGUGGCGGAUGUGGUGCUUGUGGCUACGCCAUUCGGCGGUGAAGCGGUCAUCAACGCGGACAAGCUUGCGAAGAUGAAGAAGGGAUCGAGACUGAUCAACAUUGCGAGGGGGAAGCUCAUUGAUGAGAAAGCAUUGGUAGAUGCGCUGAAGAGUGGGCAUCUUGCGGGCGCUGGCCUGGAUGUGCACUUCGAUGAGCCAAAUGUGAACCCGGAGCUAGCCGCUAUGGAUAACGUUGAGAUGCUGAGCCAUACAGCUGGAGCGAGCGUGGAUUCGCAUAUGGGGUUCGAGACUCUGGGCAUGGAGAAUAUCUUGCAGUUCUUUGAGACGGGGAAGGCGAUUAGUCCGGUGAACUUGCAUUUCUUUGAGGAGAAGUCGAAGCUAUAG